AUGGCUGUUGUCUACGACUCCCUCGUCGAGGACUUCAAGGCAUAUGCCACCCGCGAGCCAACACGAGAGCAGCUCUUCCGCGACGCCAUCGCCUCCGCCAUACACCCUGCAAAUGGUGGCGCCGAGGAGAUGAAAGCAGAAGACAUCGCCACGCUGGAAGACUACUUCCGCUACUGCCACGAUCUGCUGCGCUGGGUUCCGACUGUGAGCACCACUGGCGACGAGCUCCUUCGCAAACUGCUCGUAUUCUAUUGGGUGUUUAACCAGCCUACUCUCCAAAACUACCAAAACGCCAUCAACCCGGGCAGUAUCCGGGAUGAUCCCAAGUGGCUUUCGUACUGGUUGGUGAUCUAUGCUCGAGAGAUGGGCCGUUUCCUGGGUACGAAAGAGUCAACGGGGGGGGGGGGGGGGGGGGGGGGGGGGGGGGGGGGGGGGGGGGGGGGGGGGGGGGUUCAAAGCUUUUAUGACAACAUACUGUAUAACCAGGAAAGUGACAAGUGGCAGGAUCCUCCUGAGGGUGGAUGGGAGUCGUUCAACCAGUUCUUCUCUAGAAAGUGGAAGAACAUCGACGAUGCACGACCUAUCAAGCUCGAGGAUCAAGAUGAGAAGGCAAUUCUCAGCGUUGCCGACUCGACCUUCCACGGCCACUGGGAUGUGGUGCAGGGCGAUGUCACCCUCAAGGGCGUUCCGUGGCCGAUUGAAAAGCUGCUGCAGAACACAGCAGGCGAGUUCGCGACUGGAUCGUUCAUGCAUGCCUUCCUAGGUCCGACGGACUACCAUCGACAGCAUGCUCCAGUCACUGGCACCGUUGUCGAGUCCCGCAUUAUCCAGGAGCAGGUCUAUCUAGAGGUCACCAUGAAGCAGGACGGUAUGGCUCCUAACCGUGGCCUGUUUGUCAACAAGAUCAAGGAUAGAAGUGAUGCCAAGGAUUUUAAAGAUCUCGACGCCCCGGAUACUCCUGGGUACCAGUGGUGUCAGACCCGUGGGCUGAUUGUGAUUGAAACAGAGAACCACGGCAAGGUUGCUGUGCUCCCUAUCGGCAUGGCGCAGGUGUCGUCGGUUGUGCUGAAAGUGAAGCCGGGCGACAAGGUCAACAGAGGUGAUGAAAUCUCUUACUUCCAGUUUGGAGGAUCGGAUGUGGUUCUCGUCUUUCAACAGCCUGUCGGUUAUAACGUGGAGCCGAACACCAAGUGCAACGUGAGGACUCGUGUUGCUACUUUCCAGUAG